GCAGUCGCAACAUCAGCGUCCGGUUCUUCGCCCUCCAAUCAGCAGCCCCUUGGUUUUGUAAGAGUCACUGCCAUUGGCACUUUCGAGUCAAGAUGGCGGCGAUGUCUCCCCGCCUCCCGAGUCCACCUCCUGCAGCCGAGAUCCAGAUUGGACCCAAAUCGCCUGGACUGGGCUCGAUCGCGGAUCCAGAGUCGCAGCAGAUGGAGCAGACACUCCUCAACGCGAAUGCGAAGAGGCGCAUCCACCCUGGAACCAAGAACUGCGAGAUGGCCGCUGGCCCACCACUGAUACCCUUGAGUGAGCUUGACUCGGCUUUCCAGCUCCAGGAACACCUCGCCGCCCUCCACUAUCAUCACACCGCGCACAACACACAGCCUAUUACCCGCGAGACCGCCCAACUUCUCGCCACUCCUCCACCGUCCAUCGACCGAAACCUCUGGCUUUACGAGCUCUGCCGCUUCCUCAUCGCGCAAUGCAAUACCCUCAUCGUCGGAUUCCUCUUCGAUACGCCUCCAUGCAGUGCGCAAACCUGCCCAGAGAUGCGCGCCUCCGAGUGGCAGUUCCUCUGCUCCGUGCACGAGCAACCUAAGUCGUGCUGUGCCAUCGACUAUUGCUGCCACACCCUCGACUGGGCUGCCAACGUCGUCACAAAUCCCAAACUCUUCCCUUCGCGGUUUGUGGCCCCUUCUGGCGGCGAGGGCCCUGGUCACGACAAGGGUGCCGCGAUCAAGAACCUCGUCAACGUUUUCCGCCGGCUCCAUCGCAUCUUCGCCCACGCCUGGUUCCAACACAGGGGUGUAUUUUGGUCUUCUGAGGGUCAGACGGGCCUAUACGUCUUCUUCAAGACAGUGUGCGACACCUACGACACGUUGCCAGCUGAGAAUUACAAGCUGCCGCCCGAAGCCGAGGGGCUAGAGAGUGCCGCAGCGGCGGCCGAGAGCAUGGACCGUGGGACUAAAAAGGAGCCGUCCCUGAUGCCGGCUCCUAUCCUGCUGCAGCGCUCUGAAGACGAGAACCUCCUGCCCCCAGGCAGGACAAACACGCGACGACACAUAAGGGGCAGCCCCUCAACGGGGAGUGCUGUGACGACAGUGAUGGAAGCAGACGAGGAUGAGAGCUCGGAGGUAACCAGCCGGCUCGGAGAUAUGCGUAUAGCAGCGCCCGACACUGUUGACGAGGAGCCUGAGACGGCUGACGUGCCUGUAAUUGUUGAGCACGGCAUGAUGGAUGAGGCACAAACCGAGCCUGCUGACGAGGCAUCAAAGGAGGAACAUGACGAGGUUGUCGAAGACUCGGAGCCUCACGACACAACGGCGGACAAGACGGAGGAUGCAGAUCUCGAGGCGACGACCACUCAAGAUGAGCCUGUUCCUGAGAAGGAGGACGAGGCGCACGAAGCAUCGACGGACGGCACUCAAGAGCAUGGGAAGCCCGAGGGGCCAGAGGAUCAGGACGCAUAGGACGUCACUCCUGACCUGUGGAUCACCGAGGAGGGCGACCAGCCAGAGUGCGAGCAUGUUGAGUUCGCCGACUAAACCUGUGACAGGCGAGUAGUCUCGUCCUGCGAACCACAUAUGGAAAGCAUGGCGUCUUGAACGCUUUUUUACAUGUAUAAUACGAACUACACAAGAAUAUCAAGAGAGAGAGCGCCUACUGAUUGUGAAAGCGGGCGCCUCGUGCUGUCAUGGCUACUAAUGCAACUUCACUGUAGACACUUGGUUCUUCAGGUUCUUCAGCUAAGGAACAGUUAUCAACUGACGAUAAGGAAAUAUGAUGAAUCUUUUUUAUAGU